AUGGAAGAGCUUCGGUGUCGCGGGCACAUACAGGAGUUUGGUAACAAGACAUGCACCUCGGGCAUUAUGGGUGUCUUGUUCUUCUCGGUCACCACGUAUCACUCCACCACACACCAUUCUCUCGGACUAUCGUCUACCUCCCAGAGGCUACAAGAGCGUGAAGACCUCCCAGUCCUAAAGAAUCCCCCGCCAGAGACGAUCUUUGAGCUCUACAUGAAUAGAGCAGCACUCUGUGCGGACGAACGAAUCGUCUCAAUGCUACUUGGAGACGAUCCUACGCCGAAGGUCUACUAUGAUGCCUUCUUGCGCAAUAUGCAAUUUGUCUUCCACUAUGUCAACUCAGUCGGCUUGGAGGACCUCAAAAUGGCAUCUGCUGAGCCUGACACCCCCUUGGCACGAGCAAGGUCGGCUUUGGUCGUAUACGCGCGCCUUGCCGAUCAAUGGCUCUCGGCAGCGUUGCAGAUCAAGGGCCCUCAUCGCUCGGUGGAGGACCUCGCAAAGGCAACCGUAUAUGUCCAUACGAUGAUUUCCUACGUGGACGCACACGAAGCCGAAUUGGUCCCUUGGGACCAGCUCUGCGAUGCUAUCCUCACGUCCUUUCGCGUGGCGGUUGAUCCGGUGAUUCAGGCAGCUGGUGGUGUCCCGGAAGAUUUCAUAGAAUACGACGAGCCGGAGGCCGAUGAUUCCCAAGGUUGAUGAAAUCAUAAUGCUGCGUCCAGUGCCUGUGAGCGCCCGUAUAACAGCGUUGCGCACAGUUAUGUACAAUAUCGCGUCGUUCGUGGCCUUGUAUCGUACAAGUGUACACAUAUAGCAUCCAUCAAUUCAUGCUUGGUUACCUUC